AUGGCGAGUGAAACUAUUUCAAUAUCUGGAUUAUCAUCAUCAUCAGGCUCACCAACAACGAGGUCGAAUGGCGAUUUUAUGGUGAGCCGAUUUAGGAGAAUGAUUGAAGAUGUUUGUAUAUUAUCAUUAGAUCGGAAUGGAAGGAAUGAAAUCAUUAAAUCAAAAUAUGAGGAGAUUAUUCAAAAACUCAUUCGUAUGAAUCCUUCGGCAUCGGAAGAAGAGAGGAUGAAUUCAAACAUACCUAGAGAAGCAUCAGUGUUGCCCACAAGAGAGAACGGCUCGGAUAAUCAUCCUCCUAGUACUGAUGAUGAUACACCAACAACUGGUUCAUCAAAUUCCAUCAUCAUCACCAACAAUAAUCAUCAUCAAAAUAAUGAUGGCACGAAUCAUCUAGAGGUUGAAUCAUCCUCAUGUGUCGUCAUUUAUCUCAAACGUGAGGCUUCAUUAAUGACGAGUUAUCCCAAAUAUAAAAAAAAACAAAAGAAGCAAUUUGAAACCGAUUCGCUAAUCAUGAACACCGUUCAGGAAGAUUCUUUUCUAGGCGGUUCGGAUUUAACUCCAUUGAGCUUGCAAUUUUUCACAUUUCCAAAUGAUAUGAUUAUUCAGGUCAUUGCAUGUGAAGCUGUUGGAGAAGGAGUUGAAAAAUGUGACCCUAAUGAAAAUGAGAAGGAGAGCAAUAGUUCUUCUUCAAAACAAACACAACAACAACAAAAUAAUGCAUCUGGUAGCAGUAGUAGUAGUGACGAAGAAGCAAAUUUCCCAUUUCUAAUUGAGAGCAUUGAUGUGAGGAAACAUUCACUUUUGAAAAAAAUUCUUUCUACUGAGGAAAUGAUUGGUGGCUAUCAAGACAGUAAUGGACUUUCACCGAUCAUCAAUGAGGAUUUUAAUGAUGACUUUGACAAUGUCAAUUCAGAGGACGCAGAAGAAGAUUAUGAAAAUUAUAUUGAAAAUGCAAAACUUCACCCACCCGCUCGAAGCUAUCACACCUUCAUUAACACAGAUGCACAAGGGUUCAAAUAUUACGGCUUUUGCUUUACAAAAUUCUUCACUUAUCGAAUCACAAAAAUUAUUGACAAGAAUGAACACGAGAAAAAUGUUCAAGUUUUUAUUCGAAUUCCUUCAUGCAUAUGCAUACUUUCUCGAUUUGCAUUUCACUCUACGUUUUUACGGUUUUACUCACAUCUCGAUCAAUAUUUGUUUGAGGUUAAUGGAGGAUUUGCAAAGCCCAAUGGUGAUGGAUAUUAUGUUUUUGAUGAAGAACUACUACAAUAUAUUUAUGACUUUUUUAACAGCUCACAACUGCAACAACCACAAAAACAAAUUGGAAACUCUUCAAAAACUGAUGACAAUGACAACGAUGAUGCUGCUUGUGCCAUUUAUGACAAAAUAGUCAUACAUUUUCCACAAAAAAUCAAAUCAGCGUCAGAUCAAGUCCACAACCCAGAGAGUGGAUUUUCUUUAACCAACGAAACGGUAUCAUCUUUUUCUGGCUUUAAUGUUGAAUUUGACAAGCUCUUAUUUGUUGGAUCAAAGGAAGAGCAUUUCAAAGAAUCUUCACUGUUUGAAAAUGAGAGUAUUUUCGAAGACGAUACUUUGGGCGAGGAUAACCAUGUUUUCUCUCGUCGAAUCAACUAUUCUGAGAGCCUGCCCAAUUUUUCCACAAGCAAUGGAUAUUUUCCAAAUUCACCCUCUGGAGACAUAUCACAAUCAUCUCUGUUUCUCAGCGAAAAACAAACAACCUCAACAACACCAACGUUGAAUUUUCCUUCAUUUCCUACAUGUGACUUUGACUUUUCCAUUCUUACAAAUGCUCUCAACAUUGACAGUAUUGUUACCAUUGUAAAUUAUUUAGCCCUUGAAAAACCAAUCAUUUUCCAUAGCGUGAAUCUUUUUAGAAUGGUCAUGGUUAUGGAAAGUUUGCGACAUUUAAUUUACCCAUUUAGACUCACCUCCAUCUACAUUCCCAUUGCACACGAGAAGAUUAUCAAUUUCUUAGAGGCUCCUUUUCCAUAUAUGGUUGGCACACAUAGUGAGGUCAUGUGGAAUCAUUUUCGAAUUGGGUUUGAAAAGAAAUCGUUUUUACGAAGAACCGUCAGCCCACAAUUCAACACAUUACCCUCUCUCAACUCGUCAUCUUCUUCUUCGAGAAAGAUUAAUAUUAUUACAAUGAAUGAAACAAAGGCCAACAAUUUCGCAAAUAGCUCUGAUUAUGAAAUGAUUAAUAUUCCAGAAGGAGUAUGCAUUGUGAAUCUCGACGAUGAUCGAAUUCAAUUUGUUGGAGAGGAACCAAAUGUUUCAACAUCUGAUAAAAAUUGGAAAUGGUCUCAGGCUCUCAUCAGCUACAUUAAAGAAAGUUUGGAAAAAAGUAGAACAGACAUCGAGAAGAGUGAAAAAGAUUACAUGACCACAAUUUUGAAAAACAGCCCCAAGAUUGAAAACAAACCUCUCAAGGGUACUUUCUCACAAAUUAGUCGAAAGGAUAGUCUGCUCAUGCGAAAGAAGAGAUCGAGUGAGAAACUUGUGAGAAUGAUCAUGUUGAAAAAUCUCACGAAUAAGGAGCAAGAGGAGGAAGAAGUUACUGGGAAAGAUCCUCUUCAAGCUCCCAAAUCUCCAAACAGUUCAAAAUCCACAGCUCAGAACUCAACAAACGUUGAGCCAACCUCUCCAUCCAUCAUAGUAACUGCUUCGCCGCCUUCUCCAACGUCUCAAUCUGGUACAAGAAAGAGAUCAUCAGCAAUCAAACACAAUCAAUCAUUCAUGGGAUCUACCUCAACAUCUGCUUCUCCAGCUUCUACGACCUCACCAAUCUCCUCCCCAGGCGUCACGAAUAGUCCUCCGAGCACAACAAGCACAUCAUCCAAUAACUCUUCCCCUCAAACAAUUCGUAAAAGAUCCCUAUUCGAAAAACAUCAAAAUUCAACCACUCUCAAAUGCCCACAUCCCAUUCGUGAAAUAUUUCUCAACGUAUUUAUUCGAUUAUUGACAUGUUAUGAAUUAUUUGUACAGUAUGAAUCAUUUAAUCCAAAGGAUGGCAUGAAUAUGAAUGCUAUAUUUUCAAUUGAAAAGUUUUUGAGCUUGGAUAAUUGUGGAGGUUUUUGUCAGGCUUAUCACACUACCCUUAAGAGCAAGUCAAAUGGAUCUGUUGCUGGUAAUUUUGGAGGUCAUGUGGAUUCACAAUUUCUCAGAGAAUUCUUCAAGACGCAAAUUUUCCACUUUUUCCUUCAAAAGAAAUGUGAAUUAUAUUGGAAUUUACACCAUAUUGUGAAAAUUCGAGAUCAAGAAAUUGUUUCCAACAAGCAUCAUUUACAUUCACAAUCUCUUCCACAACUUCCCUUAUCAGAUGGAUCUUCUAAUUCCGUAGUAACACAUGUUACGAAUGCAUUUUACAAACUUUUCGAUUGCAAGAUGCAACAAAACACUGAGCGCUUUGUGUUAAAUUUAUUGCUGUUAAACUCGUCAUACAGAAGAUGUUUUUUAUACAAGAGAGGACGUUUAAGAAAAUCAUGGAAAAAGCGCUUUUUCGUUUUGAGAGAUGACAACACUUUGCUCUAUUAUGAUGGACCAGACGAGAAUCAGCUCAAAGGUUCUAUUAAAUUAACUAAUGAUGGCCAUGCCAAAAUUAUAUCUGUAAAAGUUCAAGACAAACGACAAUUCGAAGGCAGUGGUGAUGAAGAUGCUCACUACGUAUGGACAAAAUCUCAACAACUCGAGUUCAUUAAUUUAUUACGAUCAGCAAAAAACUCAGAUCCAGAGUCAACUGCUUCCUCCUCAGAAGAUAUUGAUGGAGUUCCACCCGUCACAGAGCAAUUUCCAACUCCCUUCGUUUUUGCUAUUUACAUACCUGGUAUUCGAUUACUUUUCUGUUGUGCAGAAUCGGAGAAAUCUCGCGAGGAAUGGCUUCGAGUGUUACGAGCGAAAGUGAUGCCUCUCGAAACUCUGAAUCUCAUGAAAGAAUAUUUGGCCCAUCUUCAAAAUCACAAGCAAGAAAAAAAGAACAAAUCACCAAGUCAACCAGUCUCAAACAGUUUAAGCCAAAUUGCCCUCUCCAAUUCUGCUUCAUUAAGCCAUCAUUCUCGUUCGUCACCAAAUUUACAGCAGCAUCAACAACAACCAAUCAUCCUAUAUCGAAAAUUUGAAUUUAUUCCAAAAUCAUUCAAGCUUAAUGGUCAACACAACAAUGGUAACAAUCGCACAUUCAUGGACAGUUUAUUUAAUCGAAUGCCCUUAGAAGAGUAUGUGCUUCGUACGUCUCUUCAACAAAUUGACUAG